AUGGAGGCAUCCGAUGUAAUAUCUGAAUUACAGUGUGUUGAUUUUGGCGAAGAAGAAAUAUUCACGUCGUGUUCAAACGAAGUGGACACGAAAUUCGAUCUGACCAUUGGUCAUAUCGAAGAUAUCAUCAUGGAAGACAAAUUUCAGACUCUACAAAAUAAUUUUUUAGAAAAAUUCUACUCGGAAUUUGACGACACAGAAGAAAAUAAAUUUAUAUACACCGAUAUUCACAAAGAUUACAUAAAUUUGAUAGAGAAAUGUUUAGAAGAGGAAUUGAGUGGUAGAAUGCCAGAUUUUUCUAUGCAAGAAUUUACAAGACAACUGGCAGAGAGGAAGGAUGAUUUGGAAGGAGAAAUUUUUGAAAUGUUGCUGACUUUUAGUGACUUUGUUGCAUUCAAAGACAUGUUUUUGGAUUACAAGGCAGCUAAGGAAGGAAAGACAAUAGAUCUGAGUGAUGGACUUACUGUGACCUCAGUUGAUAUGCCUUCUGGGUGUGAUCUAUUUAGUCUAAAUGGACAAUCAAUUUCCAAAGACUAG